AUGGCGGAUGCGGUAUCGGCACCGGCGGCUCAACCCGUAUCCCCGGCGGCGCAACAGCCACCUGUGGCGGCUCCGGCCCCGACUCCGGCGGGUUUCGGCAACGUAUCGUUGUACGUGGGCGAUCUGGACCCCACUGUCAACGAAGCGCAGCUGAUCGAUCUGUUCGGCCAAGUGGGCGGCGUCGUUUCGGUUAGGGUUUGUAGGGAUCAGAGCCGAAUGCAGUCGCUUGGCUACGCCUACGUCAAUUAUAGCAAUACGCAAGAGGCUGCCAAUGCCCUGGAGAUUUUGAAUUUCGCUCCCAUCAAUGGGAAACCCAUUAGGAUUAUGUAUUCCCAUCGUGAUCCAAGUAUUCGGAAGAGCGGAAGGGCAAAUGUCUUUAUCAAGAACCUGGACAAAUCUAUUGAUAACAAGGCGUUGCUUGACACUUUUGCUUCCUUUGGCACUGUACUUUCUUGCAAGGUUGCAGUUGAUGGCCAUGGUCAAUCGAAAGGGUGUAUGUUGGGCUGUUUCAAAGAGGCCAGGAAAGGAAUCGGCCAAAUGGAUCACCGCAUUUUCACUAAUGUUUAUGUGAAGAAUUUGUCUGAGACAACUACAGAUGACGACCUCAAGAAAAUUUUUGCCGAGCAUGGCAACAUAACUAGUGCAGUUGUUAUGAGGGAUGCUGCUGGAAAGUCUCGAUGUUUUGGUUUUGUUAACUUCGAGAAGCCAGACGCAGCGGCUGCUGCAAUUGAAAAGUUGAAUGGGACCACCUUUAGUGGUGACAAGGUUUUGUUUGUUGGGAGGGCUCAAAGGAAAUCAGAGAGGGAGGCGGAGUUGAGAGCUAAGUUUGAACAGGAAAGACUCAGUAGAUUUGAGAAGCUACAAGGUGCUAACUUAUAUCUGAAAAAUCUUGAUGAUACAAUAACUGAUGAAAAACUAAAGGAGCUAUUUUCUGAAUUUGGAACAAUAACAUCAUGCAAGGUCAUGCUUGAUCACCAAGGGACAAGCAAGGGUUCUGGAUUUGUUGCCUUCUCUACUCCAGACGAAGCCAAUAAAGCUUUGACUGAAAUGAAUGGUAAGAUGCUUGGACGGAAGCCACUGUACGUUGCUGUAGCCCAACGCAAAGAAGAGAGAAAGGCUCGAUUACAGGCACGCUUUGCCCAAAUCCUUGCACCAGGUGGAAUGACACCAUUGCCAUCAGGAAUUCCUGGAUAUCAUCCUGGGGCACCUAGGCUUGCCCCUCAACAACUUUAUUUUGGUCAAGGUACUCCUGGCCUUCUUCCUCCACAGCCUGCAGGUUAUGGCUUCCAGCAGCAGCUCUUGCCUGGUAUGCGCCCAGGUGUUGCUCCAAACUUUAUUAUGCCAUACCACCUUCAGAGGCAAGGUCAACAUGGACAGCGAAUGGGGGUACGGCGAGGUGGGAACUUUCAGCAGGUCCAGCAGCAACAGCAGCAGCUACUGCACCGUAACUCCAACCAAGGAGGCUUGAGAUACAUGGGUAAUGCACGGAAUGGAGUGGAUCCAUCUGUCGCUCCUCAAGGUAUUGUGGGUCCAAUAAUGCCUUUGCCCUUUGACGGUUCAGGGAUGCCUGUGACUCCUAAUGAUAGCCAGCAUUCUGGGCCGUUGCCGAUGUCAACACUUGCUUCAGCUUUAGCUUCUGCUACCCCAGAGAAUCAGCGCUUGAUGCUGGGUGAGCAGCUAUAUCCACUUGUUGAGCGUAUUGAGCCGGAACACACUGCUAAGGUGACCGGGAUGUUGCUGGAGAUGGACCAAACGGAGGUUCUCCAUCUCAUCGAGUCUCCGGAUGCCUUAAAGGAUAAGGUAGCUGAGGCAAUGGAUGUCCUUCGUAAAGCUGCAACGAAGUCUGAAGUUGGUGAUCAGCUUAACUCGUUGGAUCUCAACGAGUGA